UUAGGGCGGGAUUUUCUCCGUUUUGUUUCCGGUUGUCGCGUGGGGGAAACACGACUGGAGAGUUUAUCCACGAGCCGUACAUCUGUAUCAGACAUACACACAUCUCUACCUUCCUGUCUUAACCAAGAGGAAAUACGUGAAUGUAUUAAUGUACCAGAAUUCUCAACGGGCUAUAAACCUGGGAUAUGCAACCGCCUGAGUAACAUGUCUGUACAGCCAUCCUCAGAAGGAAAUCUCAGAGAUAUGUAUAAAUCCACAGAACAUCCACGCACACAAAUUACAUCCAUACACAUUGAGGUACCAGACUCAUGUGAAGAAGAAAAUCUUACAGUCCUUUCUGCACCCAAUGAACAUCCAUCUAAUCAUGUUAAGGAUAAACCAGCUUCAUGUGAAGAUGUUCCCCAAUCUGAAACAUCUUUUGGAUUUCCUGAGUUUCCCUCGAAGAAUUCUGUAGUUAAAUAUGAAGUGACUGACCCAGAAGAGAAACCAUAUUCCUGUCACGAAUGUGGAAAAUGUUUUAACCAGAAACAAAAUCUUAAUAUGCAUCUUCAUCUACAUCUAAAACGUCACACUGAAAAGACCACAUAUUCUUGCCCUACAUGUGGAAAGCGGUUUAGUUGCCAAUCUGUUCUUGCAAACCAUCAACGAAGUCAUGCAUUAUGGAAACCUCUUGAGUGUAAAAAAUGUGGGAAACUUUUUAAUUGUUCUUCCACAUUACUCAUACAUAAAAGAAUUCACACUGGAGAGAAACCUCAUUCAUGUCCAGAAUGUGGGAAAUGUUUUUCCCGAAAAUAUUAUGUUGGCAAGCAUCGUCAAACCCAUGGAGCAAAGAAGGCAUUGCCAAAUCCUAAAUGUUUAUCCACGAGCAGUACAUCUGUAACAGACGCACACACAUCUCUACCUUCCUGUCUUAACCAAGAGGAAAUACGUGAAUGUAUUAAUGUACCAGAAUUCUCAACGGGGUAUAAACCUGGGAUAUGCAACCGCCUGAAUAACAGGUCUGUACAGCCAUCCUCAGAAGGAAAUCUCACAGAUAUGUAUAAAUCCACAGAACAGUCACUCACAGAAAUUAUAUCUAUACACAUUAAGAAGGAACCAGCCUCUUGUGAAGAAGGAAAUCUCAUGAACUUUGCUACACCCACAGAACAUCCACAGUCAGAAUAUCCAUCUACACACAUUAAGGAGGAACCAGCCUGGUGUGAAGAAGGAAAUCUCAGACAUUUCUACACCCAUCGCACAUCCACAGGCAGAAUAUCAAUCUAUUCAUAUUAAGGAGGAACCAGCCUGGUGUGAAGAAGGAAAUCUCACAGACAUUUCUACACCCACAGGACAUCCACAUGUAGAAUAUACAUCUACUCAUAUUAAGGAGGAACCAACCUUGUUUGAGAGAGGAAAUCUCACCAACAUUUCUACACUCACUGAGGAACCCCAGACAGAAUAUCCACCUGCUUGUAUUAAAGAGGAUUCAGACUCUUGGGAAAAAGAUGUUCCACAAUCUGGAACGUCUUAUGGAUUUCCUGACAUAAGAAAGUUUUCUUUGACAGAAUCUAUAAUUGUUAAAUAUGAAGCAACUCCCCCAGAAGAGAAUCCAUAUUCCUGUCAUGAAUGUGGAAAAUGUUUCAACCAUAAACAAAAUCUUGAUCUGCAUCUUCAUCUACAUCUAAAACGGCACACUGAGAAGACCACAUAUUCUUGCCCUACAUGCGGAAAGUGGUUUAGUUGCCAAUCUGUUCUUGCAAACCAUCAACGAAGUCAUGCAUUACGGAAACCUCUUGCAUGUAAAGAAUGUGGAAAACUUUUUGAUAGUUCUUCCAAAUUUAUAAUUCAUCAAACUGUUCACACAGGAGAGAAACCUCAUUCAUGUCCAGAAUGUGGGAAAUGUUUUUCCAGUAAAUAUUAUGUUGGUAAGCAUCGUAAAACCCAUGUCGCAAAGAAGUCACGGUCGAAUCCUGAAUGUGAGAAAACAUUUAAGCAGGAAUCGGGUCUUGCAUCACAUUUAAAAGUUGAUUCACUUUAGAAAUGUGUUUUGUUUUUAUUUUAAGUUAGGAAAUCAAUUGUGUAAUAAUUUUGGCCAGAGAAACUAGACCUGGUCAGUUUCAGACAGAUUCCUCUUUUUUGUGAAAUUUUAGUUAGUUGACAUUAAUUGGCAUGUUGUUGAACCCAGUGCAAUGAAUUUCACACUUUUUUUUUAUUUAUUUUUUGCAAAUCACUGAUAAGUCUCUGAUCAACUGAUUCAUGCCCUCCUUGCCACUCACCCAAAAUGACUUAUCCCAGUGUUUAUGGACAUGCCUACUAUUCUCCAACUUUUAAGCUCAAAUCCAGACACACAACUCUGACUUACCUGACCAGCUGUAGCCCAAUGCCUGAGCUAGCAUCUUCAUGCCAAAAGAUGUCCUCUGAAUCUAGAUUACCAUCCUGACCGCAGUGUCUGGCAAGACAACGUUACCUGAGUCAUCAAACACUUUAUUUUACAAAAGAUCAUUAACUUUAUUAGUUGACUAGCUGUACAAGUUAAUAGUAAUAUUGACUAAAUGUACCUUCAAACUGAGAGAACCGUGUAUCCCGGAUCCAUAGUCCCUCUUACUGCUUUGCAAUAAUGUUAAUUUACCAGUUCCCUAUUUCCAUCUGAUACCUUGCACUGUCUUGCGCACAGAGAAU